UUCGCGCUCGCCCCAAUGGCGCGACACGCGGACAGUCCGUCGGCGGAUCUCGUGAGGAUGAUGCUCGUGGGCUUCGCCGUCGCCGCCACCGCCGCCGCCGCCGCCGCCUUCGGCAUUCUCGUCUUCGUUGGCUUCUUUUGGAAGAUGAAUUGGGUGCAGAAGCUCGCAACCGGACCCAGCAGAGCGACGUCAAGGAGAGGCCAAAGCCGGAAGAUCGGGCAGCUGCCGCCGGUGUAUCCGAACGGCUGGUUCGCCCUGCUCGAGAGCUCGUCGCUGAGGAAGGGCCAGGUCGAGCACGUCUCGGCCCUCGGGCAGAACUUCGCGGUGUUUCGCACCGAGAGCGGCAUAGUGAGAAUAAUCAAUGCGUACUGUCCGCACUUGGGUGCCAACAUGGCCGAAGGCGGUGAAGUCAAAGGUGAAGAGCUGGAGUGCCCUUUUCACAGCUGGCGCUUUUGCGGGGAAACCGGGAAAUGCACCAGCAUACCUUAUUCGAAAAACGUGCCGAGCGCCGUAAGAACGAAAGUCUGGGAGAGCAGCGAAUCGAACGGGCUAAUUUUCGUCUGGCAUCACGCCGAGUCCGCGGCGCCCGACUGGUACCCAAAGCCAAUCGAAGGCAUCUCGAACGGCACGUGGAGAUAUCAAGGCCGCAACGAAUUCUACAUCAACUGUCACAUUCAGGAGAUACCCGAGAACGGCGCCGACUGGGCGCACCUCGAGGCGGUGCACGGCGCGUCCAUGCUCAACGUUGGAUUCAUGGCGAAGGUCAUGCGCCACUCGUGGACCAACGCGUCGUGGUCCUCGCCAACCACGACGCUGCUCCACGCCGACAAGGAGGCGAGCGAGCAGCACGUGGCUACGAGCUGCCUACGCCACAGUGUCAUACUGUUCGACAAGUUCUCGCUGCUGGAAAUGGACGUGGUGGCUUUGCAAAUCGGGCCUGCUUACGUGGAACUGCACCUACGCACCGCCUUCGGCCCGAUCUGCAUAAUUCAGAGCGUAACGCCCGUGGAGCCGCUUCUGCAGAAGGUCACGCAUUUGGUGUUCGCGCCGGUUUUCGCUGCGCCCUGUUCCAAAAUCAUACUGAUCGGCGAGAGCUUGAUGUUCAAGAGGGACGUCAGGGUGUGGAAUCACAAGAAAUUCAUGGAGAAUCCCAUGCUCGUCAACGAGGACACGAAUAUCAAGAAAUAUCGGAGGUGGUACAAGCAGUUUUACUCGGAGAAUAGUCCGACUUAUGAGUCGUGUAAGAAUUCGUUGGAUUGGUAGU